UGAAGGAACCUGGAAAAUGUAGUUGUGGCUGUGCAAAAAGUUAGAACUGAUUUGGGUUCAAUUGGUUCUUGAACUAUCCGUUCGUCUCAUUGAUCACCAUGUUCAAACGAGUUGAAAAGAAGCGCAAAAAGCUGGAGGAAGAGGAAGAACUAGGAAUCGACGAAGAUAUGAAGGAGUUCAUGGGGUUUAACGACACCGAUUCGGACGAAUCUGCAUCAGACUCGGACUCUAGCUCUGACGGGCACUCGGAUGCAGAGCAAUUAGGUGAAGAAGAUCUGGAAGAAGCUGAGGACGAGAAUAUAGACGAAAUGGAGGGCGCCAAUGCCAGUGAUGAUGAAGAACCGCCUAUAUCGCUGUCAGAAGCAUUGCGGGACCCCAUCUAUGUCGUAUCGCUCGACCCAUUGGACGUCCGAGCUUGCAUAUUGUGCAAGGGCAAGGUCAUCAAGGGUGCUCAAAUGUCAACAGUCCACAAGGCAUCUACUGCUCAUAAACGGCGGUUCGAGCGUUUCAAGACUUUAUCAGCGAAUGUUGAUCCACAGAGUGAUGCUUGGCAAGUUGCAAGGACGAUACAGAAGGAGGCGUCAAAUCCUACUGGCACUCGGAAUCGCCCUGAUACAGAGGGUGGUAUGUCGAAGCGUGCUCUGAAAAGAUCAGCGAAGCAAGCAUCAAUUAAAGAGAAGCGAAUGCUACACAAUAAGCUUCGUACGAAGGCAAAGGCAAAAAGUGCUGCCAGUAAAGCGUCACAAUCCCAGGAUGCAGCAGGGAAGGAGUCAGCAGCACUCGAGCCGCUUGAAAUUCACGACGUAGAAAAACUCGACGCAUCGCCCCAAAAGCCAUUAGAGCCUCAAAAGAAGAAGCGCAAGGUCCAAAGAGAUCAAAUCGUAACUUCCUCUGCGUCACCAGGAGCUCCAGUACGGUUGCUAGAGAAACCUCUCAGUAAACCGAAGGCGCCUCGUGAAAAAGAAAGGACAAGAGCUAAGGCUACUUGAGUUGGUAGGUAACGUUGAUCAGUCCACAUCGCGAUGAUUCCGGUAGAUAUGCAAUGACAGCUGCGAGAUAAAUAAGUAAAGGAGCAAAGGCACAAGUCCCAGUCAUGAAGGUAUACUGUAGUGCUUUACAACAGCGACUGUAGAACCCUGUCAGUCAUUGUAAUAACCUACAGGCAUUCAUUCAGCAACAAUGGUUGCAGUUCCUUACCAGAAACACGUACCUGGUGAAUAUUCG